AUGGAAGGGACUUUGAAUAUUUUAAGUCCAGUGAAAUAUGAUGAUUCAUUGGCACAUUAUGAGAUCCAUUCUCAUCAACCUUAUGUUUCAUCAGCAUUUAAUAAUAGUGAUGAGAUUCGCAUUGCAGUUCAACAUCAAGAUUUAUAUGUUCUUCCUUGUAAAAGUACCUUACAUGUACAUGGAAGAUUAAUUAAACCUAAUAAUACUGUUGUGACUAAUACAAAAUUAAUCAGCAAUGGUAUUUCCUAUUUGUUUAAUGAGAUUCGUUAUGAACUGAAUGGUGUUGAAAUUGAUCGUUGUAAGAAUGUUGGUCUUACAACCACUAUGAAAACUUAUAUUUCUCAAACACCUAGUCAGAUAAUUUAUGCUGAGAAUGCAGGUUAUAUUGACUUUCAAGAUAUCAGUAGAGUGACAAAUGAUGAUGGAUAUUUUGAUGUUAAUAUACCAUUGAGUAUGAUUCUUGGAUUUGCUGAAGACUAUCGAAAAAUAGUUGUAAAUGCAAAACAUGAACUUAUUUUGACAAGAUCUCGGACAGAUCUUAAUGCUAUAGUUAAUAUUCAGGGUCUGGAGCGGGAAGAAUUUAGAAUUUCGAUUAAUAAAAUUGAAUGGAUGAUACCAUACUUAUUUGUGGGUGACCGUCAGAAAAUUGAAUUAUUAAGAUUUAUUGAAAAGGAUCCAUUUAUAAGUAUGAGCUUUAGAUCGUGGGAAAUGUAUGAAUAUCCACUUAUACCUGCGACUCAGAAACAUGUUUGGACUGUAAAAACUUCUACACAAGUUGAAAAACCUCGAUAUGUUAUCCUAGGUUUUCAAACCAAUCGAAAAGAUAAUCACACGAGAUAUGCCAACUUUUUUGACAACUGUAAUCUCAUAAAUGUAAAAUUAUUCCUAAACUCACAAUACUAUCCCUAUGGAAAUUUAAAUUUAGAUUUUAAUCAUCACCAAUUUUCUAUUCUGUAUGACAUGUAUUGUAACUUUCAAGCAUCAUACUAUGGAAAAGAUUCUGAGCCUCUACUUACCAAAAGUUUAUUUAAAGAUUAUGCACCAUUGGCUGUCAUAGAUUGCUCAAAACAAAACGAAUUUCUUAAACAAGCUUCUGUUGAUGUACGUUUGGAAUUUGAAUCGAGUGCUAAUUUCCCACCUAAUACAGCUGCAUAUUGCUUGAUUAUUCAUGAUCGAGUUAUACAAUAUAAACCAAUCAGUGGUGUUGUUAAAAAAGUAACAUAA